AUGAUGGACACGUAUGAAAAACAAUAUAAAAUCCCCGAGGAUAUUUGUGCGUCGGCCUCCAGACCGGAUAUAUUUUUAUUUUCGCGAAUUUUAAAGCGCGUAGUGAUGAUAGACCCUUCGGUCCCUUGGGAAACCAACAUCCCCAAAGACCAUACCAUCAAGGUCAACAAAUAUUACGAGCUCACAAAUGAACUCACUCGAAAUAGGUUCGUAGUAGAUUUGUACGCGGUAGAGGUGGGAGCGAGAGGUAUAACAGCGAAAUCUCUCUACAACCUACUAAAGGACUUGGGCUUGUCCAGAACUCACAUUAAUGCAUUCUUGGAACGUACAUCGAAGGCAGCCCUAGUAGGUUCCUUUCGAAUUUGGUUAGGUAGGGAGAGGAGCUUGGACAGUGGAGGUGAGCGUAUAACGCGCGUAAGUUAA